UCACUCGCCAGAACAGCAAGAACAUUUGUGGUCUAUUUCUCUGUUAGUGUUUAACCAAACAUCUGUCUCCACUGGGUGGGCUGAACUGGUGGAAGGAAGACUAAGGGCCCAAGCCUCAGGAAGACAACUCCUGCAGGGUGACUUGCUGUCUUCUGUGGGAGAGGGAGGAGGGCAUUGGGCUGGUGGCACAGAAGUGAGUCACAAUGGAAUCUGACUUCACCUCCAAGGACGCUUAUCUAAGGCAUUUUAACCCUCGGGAUUACCUAGAAAAAUACUACAACUUUGGGUCUAAACCCUCUGCAGAAAACCAGAUUCUUAAGCAUCUUCUGAAAAAUCUUUUCAAAAUAUUCUGCCUAGGUAGUAUAAAGGGAGACCUCCUGAUAGACAUCGGCUCUGGUCCCACCAUCUACCAGCUCCUCUCUGCUUGCGAGUCCUUCAAGGAGAUCAUUGCCACUGACUACACGGACCAGAACCUGCAGGAGCUGGAGAAGUGGCUGAGGAAGGAGCCCGGGGCCUUCGACUGGUCUCCGGUGGUAACCUACGUGUGUGAUCUCGAAGGGAACAGAGUCAAGGGGCCGGAGAAGGAGGAGAAGUUGAGGCGGGCGGUCAGGCAGGUGCUGAAGUGCGACGUGACUCAGAGCCAGCCGCUGGGUGAGGUCCGCGUGGCUCCCGCCGACUGCCUGCUGAGCACGCUGUGCCUGGACGCAGCCUGCCCGGACCUCCCGACCUACCGCAGGGUGCUCAGGAACCUGGGCAGCCUGCUCAAGCCAGGGGGCUUCCUGGUGAUCGUGGACGCGCUCAAGAGCAGCUACUACACGAUUGGCCAGCAGAGAUUCUCCAGCCUCUCCCUGGGCCAGGAGGCAGUGGAGGCUGCUGUGAAGGAGGCUGGCUACACCAUCGAGCAGUUCGAGGUGAUCUCUCAAAGUUACUCCUCCACCACGGCCGACAAUGAAGGACUUUUCUUCCUAGUGGGGCGGAAGGCAGACAGAUCUGUAUGACAUCUCAAGAUCUCAAUUAAAGCGGUUUUCCUUUGCCUUGCCCAGGU